UCUAAUGAGCUAAAGACCAAUGAUACCAUCAGUGUUUCAUUGUAGGACCACAUCAGCGACAGAUUUUAAAACGAUUUAAUUCAAAUCUUGUUCUGGGCCAAAAUAUGGGAGGUUUUUGAGCCAGAAGUGCUCCCCAGGCCAGGAGUUUGAGGUCCCUGUUUUUAAACUUAACUACGAAAAAUAUGUCAUACAAUUAUAUUAAUCAUAGUUGAUUAAUUAUUGAUUAUAUUUGAAGUCACGUGAGCCUAAACUUCUUCUGAACCUGACCCUGGCAACAGGUCUCUCUCCAUGGCAACUUCAAACAAGCUACUGAAGACUGUCUGUUGCUCGUUAAAGUCGACUGAUAAGUCUGUUAUUCCGUCGUUAUUCGAACGUUCCGUUCCAUAAAAAGAUGAGCGCUGAACUCUUUGCACCAGAGCCUCAAAGUCACAGCGCUGUGUCGUUGGAAGUCCCACGGGGAGACUUUCUGGGGGGAAAAGAGAUCCCGCAGCCGUUGUCGGGUUCAGCCACGGCUGGUUAUCGUACGGGUAAAUACACACAGCCCGAGUGGUUCUCUAACUACCACAGCAUCCUUGAACAGUCCGGAGGAGACUGCCUUGGAGCCCAGAGCAUCCAACGAGUUUCAAAGACAAAGUACCAGGACGCAGAGGCAUCGGUUUUGCAGACACAAUCCCACGGGACGCGUCUGCUCGGUGAGAGAAUCCAGGACAUCCACUACUGGAGGUCGGAGCUGCAGCGGCACAUCGAGCAGCUGCAGGUCGACAUCACGUCACUGCUGGGGCUAAAAACGCGGCUGGAGAAGGCUCUGGAUGCCACCGAGACGCCGUAUGCCAUCGCCUUGGACAAUCUGAACUGCAGGACAAGAAGGCCAGGUCCAGACUUAGUCAAAGACAACGUGGAGGAGGAACUGUCCAAGGAGGUGGAAUUGAUAAGAAACGUCCAAGCUCUCCUCAAGCAAACUACAGCCCAGCUUGUUGCUCAGAUCAAGAGAAACAAAAAGGCCAAGCAGAUGCUAGAAAUGGACUGGUCUGACAAGUACCAGGCCUACAACUUGGACGAUCAAUGUGGAAGAUACAGUAAUAUGAGUCCAGAUACACAACACCAUCCUGGCACAGCCACAAUGCAAAUGAGGGACUGUGGUCUUUGGACAAAGUUUACGCAAGACAACAUCAGUAAUGCAUUUCAGGAAGAGCAGUCCACCAACGAUCUCAGGUCGGACGUAAUACAGUCAAAUACAAACAAUGGGUUCUCAAUAACUGAGUCUGUUUUUUGUGUGUGGCUCAGGAUGCUGGUGGAGCGAGUGCUACUGGACACCACAGAUGAUCUGAGAGUCCAGUGCUCCCAUGUGGAGCAGGCCUUUAGUCAGCGCUGCAUGGAGCUGACCGGGGCCAGGAGCCAGCUAGAGAUGAAGCUAGCCACGGUUCUAGAGCAGAUUGGAGCCCAGGAGAGGAACAUCGUAGCUCUACAGCAAGCCAUUCACAAUAAAGAAGGUCCACUAAGGAUUGCUGAGUCUAGACUUUAUGUCCGCUCUCAUAGACCAAACAUGGAACUCUGCAUGGAUGACCCCCAAAUCAGUUUGGAGGGAGAGGUGAGGCAGAUUAAUGCCACUGUGGAGUCUCUGCAGCAUCAGCUGAGUGAGGCCCGCAGGUCCCUGUCCCUCCUGGAAGAGUCACGGAUGACCCUGGAGAAGGAUCUAAACUGUAAAACACACUCUCUGUUCAUCGAUAGGGAAAAGUGCAUGAUUCAGCGUAAACAAUACCCGACAGUGUCCACUCUUUCAGGUUACUAAGGAAGGUCAUAAAAUAUUAAUUCAGUUUCUGUAGAAAUCUACAUAACAUUAUCUUCCUCUCGAGUGAUCAACAGCACAAGUAAACAGUUUUUGGACAAUCGAUCCCCAACUGUGGUACGGCACAUGUGUGCCUCGAGAGAUCGUCAAGUACACUGUGGAUAUGAUUUGUCCUUUGUUUGUUUGCAGUUAGUGACAAGUAUGACACUUAACUUCUCUUCCACUGGGUGGCGGCAGAUAGCCAUUAAAACAAAAAAGCCUGACUCAGCGCUGUUCAGGGAGAGUUUUUCUUCAAUUUACACAAGUAUAUCAACUUUUUCUUUUCAACUAAAUGGGCUCAGGAGUGUCUGAGUUGUAAAUGUGAGAAAGCCUGGCAGCCAUCAUUGUUGUAAGUUGAAAGACUUUUCACAGGUAAAUUGUUAUUAUUGACAUCACAUGUUUUCUUUUAUUGUGUUUUGUGUGACUAACCACUGUCUAAGUAGGACCAGACUAAAUAGUUUGCUUUGUUCUGAACUAAACAGCAUUUCCACAGCCCCGCCGCUUCAAUGGGGAGACCAAAAUGUAAACAAUGUGAUUCAUAGACACAACCAAAGUGUCUAGUAACAUUAGGACAUUUUCACCCACAGAAUGGAGGAUUAAAAUGUACAUACAGUACAGCCUGACUGAAAGUAAGUCCAUGGACAAACCACUAGUUUCAAGAACUUUGAGUGGUUGUCAGGACUAGAGAGGCACUCCUUCCUGUUCUGAUGACAUACAGACUGAAUCCUAGACUGAAUUUUAUUUACAAGAAGCGUUAUUUCCACGUUUGACAGAGGGCCUCCACUAAGGAAAGUUAUUGAGCCCUCCCGUUCUUUUCCUAAAAUAUCACCAUCAAUGUGGCUCUAGUUGUACUUUUAGUACUUUUGUACUGUCUAAGGUUCUCAGUCAUCCAGGUCUGGGUCAGGCUUGGAGAGUUCUGUUAGGCAACUGGACGUGACAUUUUCUCAAAGGAGUUGUACAGUGCUGUACUUUUGUGCUGUACGCCUUGAAAAAGAUGAUAUUAUGUCAGAAAGAAAAUCUAUAUACAAUGAAUCUAUCACAGAAUGAUUUGAUACAGUACGUAUUUGAUCAUGUUUGUUUGAUAACACAUUGUUAUGAUAUGGUAUUUGGAAUAACAUAUUCUACACGUUAUUCUCUGGGCGGAAUUGCACUCAAU